AAGUUGGCUUGGAUGGACUCCAGCCCCCCCGCGACCCUGUGUGCAGGAUAGGCGGUUUGACAAUGGAUGGAUGGAUCAUUUGGAGGUGAUGUUUGGAACUAAUGGAACUGAACAGUCCCAAGCCAGGGGAGGAGCCCCUCACCAACCGCAUGCUGAAACGAAACUUAUUGAGGCAGUUGACGGACAGGUUUUCAAAGUCUAGUUUGCUUUCGAAACUCACUCCUUUACAGAUAUGGCCACUGCCAGCUGUCUGCUGUCAGAGGACAAGUUCCUGUGUUCCGUCUGCCUGGAUGUGUUCACUAAGCCAGUCUCAACGCCGUGCGGACACAACUUCUGCAGUGCAUGCAUCCAGGCGUAUUGGGACGGAAGCGACACUUGCCAGUGUCCAUUAUGCAAGAGGGUAUUUCCCCAGAGACCCGAGCUCCAAGUCAACACGUUUGUGUCCGAGUUAGCUGCUGAGUUUAAGACUUUAGUUCAAGUCAAAGCCUCAACUCCAGACCCACAACUUCCUGUAACGGCGGACGUUCUUUGUGACAUCUGCUCCGACACGAAGGCAGUAAAAUCCUGUCUGACGUGUCUGGUGUCAUUCUGUGAAGCUCACCUCGAGCCACAUCGGAGAGUUGCUGGCCUCAAGGGCCACACGAUAUCGGACCCGGUGAAGAAUCGGGAUGACAGAAUGUGCAAGACGCACAGUAAGAUCACCGAACUGUACUGCAGGACUGACCGGGCCUUUGUUUGCACCUUGUGUCUCAAAGACGAUCACAAGAGUCACGAGGUUGUCCCGCUCGUCGAAGAAUACGAAGCGACGAUGGCAAAACUACACCAGACCAAGUCAAACAUCCAAAAGGUGACGCAGUUGCGGUACGAGAAGAUAGCCGAGAUCGAAAAGUCCGUCGACGUCAGCCAAACGGGAGCCGAGAAAGAGAAGGAAGCCAGCGUGCAGGUCUUCCAAGACUUGAUCCGCUCCAUCCAGAGCAGCCAGGCCGAGCUUGUCGCAGUGAUUGAGGGGCGUCACAGAGAGGCAAAGCAGAAGGCCGAAGAUCGCAUCGGAGAACUGAGGAUGGAGGUCGCAGACCUCGAGAGCAGAGGCGAACAGCUGGAGCGGCUGUCACAGUCUAAGGAUUGCCAUUAUUUUCUCCAGAGCUUCCCGGCCCUGUGCCUUCCUCCAAAUGCAGACCGCGCCGACGUCUGCGUUCACAGCGUUCCGGCGGUGAGAGACGCCGUGACUCGGCUGAAGCAGAGAGUUGACAAAAUAAUGGAGGAGCUUCCUGAGAUCAAAAUGAAGAGAAUGAGAGAACACGCAGUACAUUUGACUUUCGAUCCCGACACGGCACAUUGUUCACUUGUCGUGAGUCAGGACGGAAAGCGAGUGAUGCGUCCAGGCACAGAGCAGAAACCUCCCUACAAUCCAAAGAGAUUUGAAAUGACUUCAGAUGUCUUGGCUAAGGAGGGCUUCGCAACAGGGAAGUUUUACUACGAGGUGCAAGUGGAAGGAAAUACUGAGUGGAUUGUUGGGGUGGUGGGGGAGUCGGUGGAUAGAGGAGGGAACGAGGCUCUGACAGUAAAAAAUGGUGCUUGGAACAUUGUGCUUGAUGAAGGAAAACAUGUUGCGUCGACAUCACCCUGUUCUAAAUUAACACUAAAAGAAAAGCUCCGGAAGGUCGGCAUCUUUGUGGACUGCAAUGAAAGAGAGGUUUCUUUCUUUGAUGCAAAUACUAAAUCACACAUAUAUUCUUUCACUCGCUGCACCUUUACAGAGAAACUGUAUCCAUUCUUUGGUUUUCAAGACAACACGGAUGGAGCCCCGUUCAUUCUAACCCCGGUACCUCAAACAGACUGAGGUAUUUUUCUGUUUUAAAGACCACAGGAAAAAAACCUUGGUCUCUAUUAACAAAUCUGCUUUAAAUAUUAACUACACGUUAUCAAUGUUUUCUGCCAGGAUAUAGCUGGAUAUAUAAGGUGCAUUUUUCUUUUUACAGUAUGUGUAUAUAUGUAAACUAAUGAUACUAUUGUUGCAGUGAUCAGAUCACAUUUUAUUAAAAUAAUAAUGAUGAUGUAUAUUUCUUUCUUCUUUCUAAAGACAUGUACACGUAUGUUCUUUUCUAAUUUCAUUUCUACCUGUAAGAUCUGUGACAAUAUUAAACCAAUUUUCGUAAGAACCCUUGAGGGUAGAAA